AUGUUCAAGAAUAGAGUCGCAGUAAUUGUACGAGAUGUUGGGGAGGCCCUUUCGCGCCGAGAAGUGAAGGUGAGAAGGUGGGCGCUCUACGGCGAGAAUACGCAGGCGAUGGUAGGCGAUAAUUUUCAGGCGGUACUUGCAUUUUCAUAUUCUCACGAUAGUCUCGGCGCGAAAGCCUCCCAUGCGAAAGGGGCUUUGGGGGCGCGGUGUAAAAUGGAAGCAGAGGCGGUGAGUUCGGUGGAACUUCACGGUGGCGGGUUACAAAGAGCACAGCGCGUUUCGCGGUUUAUGGGCCGCGCGCUUGGAAGUGUGGCUUGGAGGUCGCGUGCAGAUGGCGGGUUG